CUGCUCACUGCGGGCGCUGAAAGUAUCGAGGCUGAGGAUGCGCGUGGGAGAUCAGCCCUCUCGUGGGCGGCCGGCAAUGGUCACGUGGCAUCGAUGCUGGUGCUGGUUGAGCACGGAGCCGACCUGGAGUCCCGAGACGCGGGUGGUCGCACGGCUCUUAUGUGGGCCACCAGCGGCGGAAACGCAGCCGUGGUGCGGGAGCUGCUGGAGAGGGAUGCCGAUUCAGAGGCCCAAGAUGUUCAGGGCCGGACGCCAUUGGCAUGGGCAGCU